GGUCCUACCGUCCGUAUAUUAAAACAAGAUGGCGGAUUGUGGGGACCACUCUGAUUGCUCUUGUAUUUCUAACACGACAGGGUCUCAAUCAAUACAAGAGCUUGAGUUUUCUAGAGGGAUCUGGAAUGCUGCAAUGGACGGAGAUGAACGGACAGUGACACGGAUGUUAUCUGAAGGUACGGACCCAAACAUCCAGGAUACUUCCGGAUACUCCCCUUUGCAUUACGCUAGUAGACACGGACAUUAUGGUGUAGUUCACAAGCUUUUAAUAGCAGGGGCUGACCCCAACCCACAGACGCCAGGUGGAGUCACACCACUACACAGGGCGGCUUAUAGUCGCCAUGGUAACAUCGUCAAGCUGUUGCUAAGCAACAACGCAGAUCCUUCCUUGAAAGACAGUGACGGAAUGACAGCUUUACAUAAAGGUGCUGAAGGAGGUGACGUAAACAUAAUUAAAUUAAUAAUUAAUAAUUCGCCGUCACUUCUAAACGUGACUAACAAUAAAGGAGAGUAUCCUAUGGAUUUAAUUAAAGACGAGAAAAUAAAACUAGAAAUUAAUAGUCUAAAAUGUGACCAUAAUUGACAAAAGGUACCUUAUG